AUUAUACAUAGCGCUGUGUGAGUGAUGGAAAAUGUACGUAUGCGAAAGGUAAGUACGCACAGGGGUAGCUCCUGUGCACGCUUUUCGCUACUAUCUACUGAUAGCAUGGUUUCGCAGCUUUCAUUAAGUACUAAGAUCAAAUCUAACGUUAGUAAAUGAUUGCACUUCACAUAUAUGCCCCUGUGAAGUAAAUGUUGAAUAGGAGCAAUGCUUCUGAAACUGUAUGAUUGAAACACCAUCUACUGUAUCCCACUGCCCAGAGCCACUCAGCGCAGAUGCAAGUUGUGACGACGCAUCUCAAAGUGCUGCAGACCUACUGGAGAGAAUUCUACAGGGCACCGACAUAGCUGCAACACCUGGCCCCUCGGACGAAACCACGACCAUUGCUAAUAACCCGCGGCAGGAGGCAUCAACGAAUGCGGACGACAGGCCCGAUACUGAAGGAGCUGCCCAAGUUGUGCCUAGAAGACGCAGGGCUCAAGCAGCGACGGCUAGUGCGGACUAUGAAUUCAUCGAGAAGAGGUGGAAACACGAGAGGGCCCUGAAAGAGAAGGAGCACGCGCUUGAGAUGGAGCGUCUGGCCGUCGAAAAGCUCCGAAUCGAGCGAAAGAAACAACGCUCUGAGAAAAGGCACGAGCUGAAACGAGAGAGAACUGAAAGAGAGCUGCAACUGAGAGAGCGGGAAAUGGAAAUUCGCGAACGCCAGCUGCAAGCACAACUCGACGAAGCGAGCCAAAGAGAGCAACUGUCGAGAUUCCACAAGGCUACUCAAGACGUGAUACUCAAAAUUGUAGAAACGAUUUGUGAAAAGUUGGCAAAGUAAAAAGCAUGUAAAUAACA